UCACACACAUCUGUGCUGGCGAGGCGUAAGCACAGAGCGAGGUUUCAUUACUUUCUUCAAGGGCGAGCCUCGGACCAAACAAACACCUGGAUUGCUACUUUCAUCGCGCAUGAAAUCGUAGCAUCGCGAUGCAACAAUCGCUCCUCCUGCGGCCAGGGCGCCGGUUGGUAUGCACUUGCAAGUGCGCCAAGUCCAAGCCCCCCGGCGCCAGCACCGGCGCUAGCGCCGGCGCCAGCAGCGGCAAGCCCAGCAAAAGCAGAAAAGCUCAAAAAGCUGAGCCGGCGCCUGAGCGGUUAUGGGGCGACUGGAAUGUGUCGGACGCUUUGCUGGAUGACAUCUUGGCCCCACUGGACCGCCCAAGCUCCGGUGGCUGGCGCCUGCGCGGCUCUGGCGAGGACAGCCUGUGGGUCGGCACUCCCGAGAGCGCAGUGAUCUACCAGGGCAAGGUCGUGACAUUGGUGGAGCCGGCGGAGAGCGUCGACCCAGAUGCCGCGCCGGGGAGCAAUGCCAAGGCCGGGCCGAAGCAAGGCGCGCAGCGCAGGGCCGCGGCGGCGACACCGACUGAGGGGACGGGAGCAGCAGCCAAGCCCGUCAAGCCGGCUGCUGCAGGGAAGAAGUCAAAGGGCGUAGCGGCAGCAGCAGGCGCGGAUGAGGGAAGCGGCACGGCGGCGGCGCAGCCGCCGGCGCCGAAGCAGGGCGCACAGCGCAAGCCAGCCGCAUCAGCUGCAGCCGGCGCCGCUUCCGCCGCCGCCGCCGCAGCCGCAGCCGCACAGCCGGCCGCGCUUAACGUCAAUGCCCCCAAGUCGCGCUCGAAGAAGAUGCUGCAUGAGGAGGCGGCGGCAGCGGCGCAGGCGGCGGCGGCGACGGCGGCGACGGCGCAGCAGCCCACAGGAGUCCCCGCGGCGCCGGGUGAGGGCCCGCCGACGCCUCAGAGCAGCGGCAGCCCCGCAGCCGCCGUCGUUGCUGAGGGUGCAGCGGCGGGUGGUAGCAAGCGCAAGACCGCUGCGCGCCGAAAGGCGCCUGCGGCAGAAGCAGGAGUCGCUGCAGAGGGGCAGGGCUCGGGCGCGGCAGCUGCGGCGGCACCUGCUCCUGUGGCGGGCCAGCCUGCGGCGGCGGCCGCUGGCGCCCCUGUCAGGCGGCGGCUGUUUGCAUCUGCGGAGGAAGGGGCUGCGGAGGACGGAGCUGUGGCAGGCAUGCCGACUGCCGCAGCGCCCGCACCUGCGCCGGCGCCGGUGCCGCCGCCGGCUACAGGGCCCAGCGUGUCCGCCGCGGCGGCGGUGCGUGCUGACGUGCCGACGGCGCCGGGCAGCGCGGUGAAGGGCGCUGGCAAGAGGAAGGGGCUGGCCAAGUAUAUGCUGCCGGCGGCGGCGGCGGCGGCGGCGAAGGCUGGUGGUGCUGGUGCUGGUGCUGGUGCUGGUGCUGGUGUCGCCACGUCGACGGCCCCGAUACACGUGUUUUGGGACCUGGACAACAAGUACCCUGUGACCCUGGACCACUCGGGGGUGGUGGCCAACAUCAAGCGCGCGCUGCUGCCGUACGGGCGGGUGGUUGGGAUCCGGGCCUUUUGCAACUACCACACCCUCAACCACGUGCCGGAGCUGUGGCAGCAGGCGCAGGAGGAGGGGCUGCCGCACCCUCUGCAGCCCACCGGCCCCGCCGAUGACGAGCCGCUGCGCUGCCCGCUGUGCGGCGCCAAGUUCGGCAAGCCCGGCCCGGCGGCUGAGGCCAAGAUGCAGAAGCACUUUGAGCAGCUGCACGCGCGCGAGCACCGCAAGAGGAUGGGGUCGGGCGCCGGGCCGAAGGGGCGCGCGCACGCGCGGCGGUACCUCAAGUCUGACAAGGCGGUCAGGUACCGGGAGGCAGUGAAGGAGGCCCUGCCGAAGCGGCGCGGGUUCAACCUGGAGGGCAUUCUUAAGUCCGCCGGCGUGUCGCUCCAGCCGGUGCGCAUGGGCCCCCAGACCGCCGACGUGGCGCUGGAGGCAGACGCCAUGGCGCUGCUGAGGAGCUGGAGGAAGCAGCAGCAGCAGCAGCAGCAGGAGGGGCAGGGGCAGGGGCCGGAGGGGCAGCAGCAGCAGGCAGAGCGGCGGGAGGGGCAAGCAGAGCGGGAGGAGGGGCAGACGCAGCAGGAGCAGGCGCAGCAGGCGCAGGGUUACGGUGCGGAGAAAGCGCAGCAAGCGGAGCAGGGGCACGGGCUGGAGCAGCUGCAGCAGCAGCAGCCUCAGCAGCAGCCUCAGCCGCAGCAGCAGACGCCGGUGCUGUGCCUCAUCUCCGACGACCGCGGGUUCAGACCGCUGCUGCGGCUCUUCCGCAACGCGGGCUGGCGCACCGUGAGCGUGGGCGACAGGUGGGAGGGCUGCGAGGUGCGGGGCCGCGGUGAGGGCGGCAGCAGGCGCGGUGGGGGCGGGGGUGGUUGGGGCAGUGGGGGUGGUGGGAUGGGGGUCGGGGUUCUGGGCGGGAGGGCGGCCGCAGGGGUGCCGGAAGAGGUGGACUGGGAGAAGGCGGAGCAGGAGUGGAUAGCGGAGCAGGAGUUGGAGGAGGAUGAGGACGCCGAGGCGGAGGAGGCGGAGGAGGCGGAUGAUCUGCUUGUGGGGCUGUCGUGGUCGCGAGUGUCGGGGCUGUGAGUGGAGGAUGUGGCAGGGGGGCGUCGAGGAGCGCUGUACUGCCCUCGCAGCAGGCAGCAGCGUGUGUGUUGGGCGUGUGGUGUGUUCUGUCAGCUGCUGACGGCCGUGCUCGAGGGCUGACGCCGCGGUUUGUCACGGACGUCUGGGGCUCGUGCCGCGAGUAGGCGACCCGUCGCGGGGUGAUCUGUUGUAUGCGGCCGACUGUGCGCGGGCCCAGUGCGGGUGCGCGGUUGCGGUUGCGGUGUUGCAAGCCAUAACGUAUUCAUGUUUGAAGACGCCGCGAGCACGCCGUGAAACAUAUGUACUUGAUGAACAGAUUGGAUUGCGAGAUGGAAAGGUGAGAAUUAGCGGCAUGUGAGCGCGCGCACGGCUGCGGGAUGGCCGCACGUGCCACCACAUGCCGCCGGCGCACAGGAGACUGUGGGUGUUCAACCCUGUGCGAUUGGAGUCACAGCGCGGGUAGGUGGUGAGAGGGCCAUCCCCACGGCCGACGGCGCCGCAGGUGCCACGCGCCUGGGAUUGCGCUACUACGCAACAAGUGCCUCAAUU